GUGUCGGUAAAACAUCAGUAGCUCUUCGAUUUGUAAAGAAUGCGUUUUCAUCAAAUGGUACCUCAACUAUUGGAGCAUCUUUUAUGACAAAGAAAUUAACUAUAGAUGAUUGUAGCGUCAGAUUACAAAUUUGGGAUACUGCAGGACAAGAACGUUUUAGAGCAAUGGCGCCAAUGUAUUAUCGAGGUGCAUCUGCAGCUAUUUUAGUAUAUGACAUUACAUCUGAAGAAAGCUUUACUGAAUUAAUAUCUUGGAUGGAAGAACUGGAAAAAAAUAUGACAGAUGAUCUAGUUAUUCAUAUUGUUGGUAAUAAGACAGAUCUAGAAUCACAACGUAAAGUAUCCUUUUCAAAGGUAUCUAACUAUUGUGAUCAAUCAACAAGAUUUGUGAAUGGUCUACAUGAAGUAUCUGCAAAGAAUGGUUAUGGGAUCGAUGAUAUAUUUUAUGAGAUUACACAAACAUUGGUGACAAAAUUAUAUGGACAAGAUUUGUAUAAAACGAUUACGUCUGACAUUUAUAAUAGAGAAGAAUAUAAUACUUCUGGAAAAGCUGGUUGUUGUUAAUAACUUUUUAUUAUUUAUUAAAAUUUUAAUAACCUUAUUUGGGC